CCCUCAUUGACCAUUCAGAGCACGGGGGCAAACUGCAGACAAGUACCUACUAGUAGACACACCCUAGGUACAUGUUUGAGUAAAUUCAGUGCAGGUGAAGAAGGAACUCCCUCUUCCCUUUGCUUGACUCGGUCCGAAAAUCAGACACAGAAAAAAAGGAAAGGAAAGGAAAUACCGUGGACAACACCUGGUACUGACAACGAAGGUGGAAGGGAAAGUGCCCAAAGUUCAUCAUCAACAUUCCCCACUCGUUCUGUACCGAGCAACAAUGCGCAUUCGCUGGUUAGUACCGCCUCUUCCGUUUGCCAGGCCGAUCAUCUGCUACCAACACUUGACUCGCACAACAAACGGAUGUGACAAGGAAAGGCGUGGAAAGCAGAAAUGCCAGCCGUGGUUGACCGACGGCGGUGGGUAUCCUGGCUAUAAGGAACCAAAGUCUAAUUGCAUACUGGCUGAGAUUCUUCCCACUGCGAAAAACGGGUCUUCCACCACUACAUGUGCUCUACUCAACCCGGAAAUUCAUUCAGUGGUCUGUCUCCAAGAGCUCUGGAGAUAUCAGUCUGAUAUCACCCCCUGGGUUUUAGCGACGAUCAUGGCGAAAUUAUUCAUCCGUCCGUCCUCCACAUUGCUCAGCGACAUCCUUGACUUGCGGGUACUGACUCUGAGUUUCACUGCAGGACUUCAUUGCCUUCUUACUACAUACAGCUGCCUUUUGUUCUUACCCGAGGUUAUUGGCUUGAUUAUUUGUGAAACCCAGUCAGCCUUGAAGUACAGGGGAUUUGCCGCCCCUCAGGUGCUCAAUUUAAAUAAUCAAUAA